AUGGAUCAAACGCGUCGACCACCGUCCUGUCCCCCGCAGCCAGAAGAAAGCAAGGCCACCGUUAAAAACAAGGCCACCGACAACGCGGACAAUUCUGGUAUUUACCGAAUCCCCGAGCAACGAUUUGGAAUGGGAAAACGACAGGACAGCUUCGCAAGCGAUAUUGCUGGCGGCUCGGAGAAGCAGGAUCCUUUCCGCGAGGCUAUUGCCGACCGAAAAGCCAAAGGCCUAGACAUAGCACCCCCCGAGAGUCCCUUCGCCCAACAGAGCGACAAAUACCAUAACAGUGGCAAGGCGGCUUCAAAGGCCUUGAAAGAAUGGAAGAAGCGCCAGGCUCCUGGUCCAGUUAAAGUACAAUUGGCUGAGGAUGUUGCCCAGGCAUACAAACAGGAGGCAAAAGGCCGUCAAGAUAUGAGAACCAACUGGCCCGGCUACGAUACCUACACCGGAGCAAAAGGGCAUGCGGAGAGAAUCGAAGUAGUCAACGACAGAGUAGCAGAGUUCGAGGAGAGGAGUGAAAAUGGAAAAGGUCGGUAGAUUUACUACGCAUUGAGCUGAAGGUUGUCUGAGGAAAGGUAGG